AAGAUGUGUAGCUCUGUGGCUGCAAAGUUGUGGUUUUUGACAGAUCGUCGUAUCAGGGAAGACUAUCCCCAAAAAGAGAUCUUACGAGCUUUGAAGUCCAAAUGUGGUGAAGAGGAACUGGACUUCAGGGCUGUGGUGAUGGAUGAGGUGGUGCUGACAAUUGAGCAAGGAAACCUGGGUCUACGGAUCAAUGGAGAACUAAUCUCUGCCUACCCCCAAGUGGUGGUUGUGAGAGUUCCAACCCCUUGGGUACAAAGUGAUAGUGACAUCACUGUUUUGCGCCAUCUAGAGAAGAUGGGAUGCCGAUUGAUGAACCGACCCCAAGCCAUCCUUAACUGUGUUAAUAAGUUCUGGACAUUUCAAGAAUUAGCUGGCCACGGUGUUCCUCUCCCAGAUACUUUCUCUUAUGGUGGCCAUGAAAAUUUUGCUAAAAUGAUUGAUGAAGCAGAAGUACUGGAGUUCCCAAUGGUAGUGAAGAAUACACGGGGUCAUAGAGGUAAAGCUGUUUUCUUGGCCCGAGAUAAACAUCAUUUGGCUGAUCUAAGCCAUCUUAUUCGUCAUGAAGCUCCAUACCUGUUCCAGAAGUAUGUUAAAGAGUCUCAUGGACGGGAUGUGCGAGUCAUUGUUGUCGGAGGCCGUGUUGUUGGUACCAUGUUACGUUGUUCAACAGAUGGGAGAAUGCAAAGCAACUGCUCACUAGGUGGUGUGGGAAUGAUGUGUUCAUUGAGUGAACAAGGAAAGCAGCUAGCUAUCCAGGUGUCUAAUAUCCUGGGGAUGGAUGUGUGUGGCAUUGACCUGUUGAUGAAAGAUGACGGCUCCUUCUGUGUCUGCGAGGCCAAUGCAAAUGUAGGUUUCAUCGCCUUUGAUAAGGCUUGUAAUCUAGAUGUAGCUGGUAUCAUAGCAGACUAUGCCGCCUCCCUUCUGCCCUCUGGCCGGCUCACCCGGCGUAUGUCCCUGCUCUCCGUGGUGUCCACGGCCAGUGAGACUAGUGAGCCGGAGCUGGGUCCCCCUGCCAGCACUGCUGUCGACAACAUGAGCGCAAGUUCCAGCUCUGUCGACAGUGACCCUGAAAGCACGGAGCGAGAGCUACUCACCAAGCUCCCAGGGGGCCUAUUCAACAUGAACCAGCUGCUAGCCAAUGAAAUCAAACUCCUAGUGGAGUGACUCCACUGGUAAAUAAUUAACCAACAAAACCCUUGUAAAACUUUCUUUUUCUUUUUUCCCUUUUCUUUUUUAAGCCAACUUGCAAUGCUGUUCAUGGAGGAUGCUCAGGAGGAUGAGGGGAAAAUUAGUAGGAUUAGUUGAGAGAAGAGGGAAAUAGAUGAGACCUUUGCUAAUAAGAUAUUACUAAUUUACAGAUUCUACAAAGAGGCAGAAGAGGUGGGAUAGAACGAUGUCAGGAGGCUCUCUUAGUUACUUUUUAAAUUACCAAAAACUGUAUGCUUUCAGGCCAUGAGGCACAUGAAAUUUUGUUCAUGGUUCCUUUUGUUUUUAUACAAAACGUUGAUUUGGUUCAAAUAUCCGAUAACAUAAUCUUACAUUGUGUUUGAAAAUUUGUAAAGAGCGAGGAAAACAUCUGCCUAAAUUACAGGAAUUUUUAAUCUGUAAAUCUGAAAAUUCUACCAUUUUGCUGUUAAAUAGCAGCUUUAAUUCAUAGUUGUUUAUGAAAUCUUAAGGGGCUCUUUUAUUGGUAUUUUUCAUUUUUAUGUUUUGGUUUUUUCCCUUAAUUUGGGUGGGAGGGCAAAGUAAAUAUAACCCAAUAAAGACUUUUUUUAAUGACAAAA